AUGGCUGUGGGUACCUCUACAACGUCUGCUCUCGAGAGCGGGUCUGGAUCUGGCCAAGAGUCGUCGUCGUCCAAGUCAUCGCGGUUGUCGUCGUCGUCAUCUUUGUCGUCGUCAUCGUCAUCAUCCGCGUCGGCAUCGUCAUGCUCGUACACGUUUGUAUCGCAGACGGUGACAGAAAUGGUGUCCCGGGGUCGACGGCGGCGGCGAGGCAGCGGCGGCGAGCGGGGAUCGAAGGGCAAGGGAGUGGUGCGUGCGACGACUGCGAGCGUGGCGAGAGCGAUGUCUCCUGCGCAAGUGCUCAAGCGGUUCCGCAGAAGGGUGAUCGGAGCUGUGACGCGGCUUACGCUGUGCAGCGGAGCGCUUCUUGUUGCAUUCCAGCUGAUCUCGCUGGUGACGGCGGCUGGGCUCGGCUUUGGCUCGGGAUGGCUGGUGGGCGUGGUGGUGACGGCUGGCGGCGGGACGGCGGCUGUGGCGGGCCUGUCGUGGAUGUACGACGCGCUGUAUCCGAGCAAGCUCGAUCCGACGUCGCGAUUGAUUCGCAAGUACGCCAACGUUCAAGCUCGAGUGGUUGCGCCACUUGUGGCGUGUGCUGCGCUGGUCUGGGUUGUUGUCCUCGGCGUGACGACGACCAUUGGCGCAGCGGCGGCCGGGCACGUUCUUGCCGUCGACGAGGCCGGCGGCAUGCUCGACCAAGUCUCGGUUGUGGUCCCGCUCACCUCGGCCUCGGUUGGCACCGGCUCGCGCGUUGUUCAUCUCGCACCGGUCGUGGCCGCCAGCGAGGUCGACGGCGGGACUCUGUACGUAACGGUGGUGGCAUGUGGGGUAUUGCCGACAGGGAGCCCUCAGCCAGAGUAUUGGAGCUCGACGAGGCUCUCGCAAGGCGUCCGGCUAGGCAGCGAGCACUGCGGCGAUGGCCUGGCGGCACUCGGCGGGAUGACGGACGUGGUGCUCUUCCCAGAGAUCGAGGUGGUAUAUGUGGCAUGGAAGCCGGCCAUGGAUGAGUAUCGCCAGGCACGGGCACGGGCGUUUGGUCUAUAUCUGGGUCUGGACUGUGUGCUGCUGGUGCUGGCGGGCGUGGUCAACGUGGCAGCGCGGCAGAAGGCCUGCUGGGGUCGCGAGGCCGUGGUCAUCCGCAGCGGAUCGCGGGCCGAGGAUGCGAGUCUUCGGCAGCUACUGCGGGACCGGGAGAGCGGGGCGUGGGGCUCAUCGUCGUCGUAUGGCGACGAGGGGACAGCGAUGGAGGAGCUGCGGCGAUGGGACGAUGAUGGCGAUGGUAGUGGGAGGCGAGGCGUGCGGCGGGUGUGAUUGUGUGGAGCAGCAGGCGACCCAUGCCACUGAUGUGCGUGAGUGUUGGUCGUGGCGGCUGUUGUCGGCGAUGUCGUGCUCGCCCGCCAUGGCUUGGGUUCUUGAGAUGCUAUCGGUGAUGGCGUAAAAGGUAGAAAUGGA